AAGUGAAAUUGGUGGGCGGGACAAACAAACGUCUGCGAUGAUAACAAAAUGAUCUCUCUCCGGUACAAACAACGGUCAGACAUUUAAUCAAUUUUAGACAACACCGCCAACAGGUUCGGCGUAAAGAUGAGUUCAUUUGCAGGUCGAAUGAAGGAGUAUCCCACAAUUUCUCUGGACCGGUUCGACAGGGAGAACCUACAUGCCCGGGCAUAUUUCCUCUCCCACUGUCACAAAGAUCACAUGAAAGGACUGAAGGGACCGAUACUGAAGAGAAAACUGAAGUUGAGUCGUACAAUCAGGCUUUACUGCUCCUUCGUGACCAAAGAACUUCUGCUAAGCAAUCCCAAGUACGCUUUCUGGGAGGAAUAUGUCGUUGCUUUAGAGCUGGAGAGUCCGACUCAGAUUUCUCUGGUUAAUGAGGCAACUGGAGAGAAAGAAGAGCUUGUGGUCACAUUGCUUCCUGCAGGCCACUGUCCCGGCUCUGUUAUGUUCCUGUUCGAGGGAUCCCAAGGGAACGUGUUGUAUACAGGAGACUUUAGGUUUGCUGCUGGAGACGUCUCGAGAAUGGAACAUCUGCACUCUGGAAGCAGAGUGAAGGAUAUUCAAACUAUUUAUCUGGACUCCACUUUCUAUGAUCCACGAUUCUACCAGAUUCCUACUCGGGAGGUCUGUCUGAAAGGGAUCUCAGAGCUCAUUGGAAACUGGAUCAGCCAGAGUUCAUAUCAUGUUGCAUGGCUGAACUGUAAAGCUGCGUAUGGAUACGAAUACCUGUUUACCAACCUGGGAGAGGAGUUCAACACACAGAUCCAUGUUAAGAAUCUGGCGAUGUUCAAGAAGAUGCCAGAGAUCCUGAGCUACGUGACGACUGACCGCAGGACGCAGAUCCAUGCCUGUCGACACCCUAAGGACGAGGAGUUUUUCCAAGGCAGCAGGCUGCCGUGUGGCUGUACAGCCCCUGAUGGGACUCCACUUCGUAUCAUCAGCAUCAAACCGUCCACCAUGUGGUUUGGAGAGAGGACGAAGAAAACCAACGUUAUAAUAAAAACAGGAGCCAGUUCUUACAGAGCCUGCUUCAGUUUCCACUCCUCCUACUCAGAGAUUAAAGACUUUCUCUCCUACCUUCAGCCAGUCAACAUCUACCCCAGUGUUAUCCCUAUUGGUCAGACACUGACAGAGGUUACACAGAUGUUGAAGCUGAUGUGCAGGAACCAUUCUGAAAAUGCAGCGCCCAUAUACAAACCUUUGGGAGUCCUCAAACGCACCAUGGUUGAGCGACCUAAAUAUGAUCCAGACAGCGAUGACGAGCUGUUUGAUGGGCUCGACCUGGCACCAGUGAGGAAGAAGAUGGGGCUGAACCAAGAAAUAAAAAAUGUGAAAGCUCAGAGUCCUCAGAAAACAGCGCCCCCUGUGUCCACGGAGGAGUCUUUUCCUGUGACGGUCACCGACACGCAGCCUGUUGCACGCAACUAUGUGGACUGCACUGAAUCCAAUGAUGAAGAGGAAGAUAAUGAGGAGGAGGAUCAGCAGCAGGAGGAGGAGAACGAGGGCGGGGGGGAUACAAAACGGAUGAAGGAUGUGAUCAGGCCAAUAAAGGACACUGAGGAUACAGAGAAAAAGAAUACUGAGCUAGAAGGACCUGCUUCCUCUAAUCCUCCGAAAUGGGAGGACUUCUUCACCACAGAGACGCUGACUGACAGCCAGAACAGCCUCAACAGCCAAUUACAAUCCUGCUGCUCUUGUCCGAGCCCCUCCCCCUCCAAAAUGACUGGUUCACAGACCCCAGAACUGUUCAGCGAUGAAGAAGAAACCCCCGACAACGAUGGAGACUUCAGUCUGACCCUGUCCGCCUCUCUGUCAAAUCAUUCCUCACAGAACCAGGACUCCUAUUUACCCGACACCUUGAUUCUGCAACCAGAGCAGCGGGGGCGGGAACAAGGAGACUUGGGGACCAAUGCUGCGUCUCAGAAGAAGGAGAGCAACGUACAGAACGUCCAAUCAGAGCUGGAGGAGACCUCAGAGUCUCAGGUGUCAUCGGACUUUGAUAUUCCCUGCACACCAGAGUCAAAAAUGCCACAACCGGAUGAGCUGUCGCAGUUGUACAGGAAGCUGGCGUCAGGAGAGGAAGUGGCCAUCAGAAAGCGGGACUGAAAAAGGGAAUGUGGCUCACGAAAACUGACUUUAACAUUCCUGUUUGUCCACAGUAAAGCUCCUAGGCUGUGGACAAGAUGCAAAAGAGUAUGAAUAAACCCUCUAUGCAUUCAGACUGUGAGCAUUAUAAUUGAUGGGUCUCUGUUCUUAGAGAUUUAGGUUGAAUUUAUGCAGCCAAUAGGCCUAUCAUAACUGUUCACUACUUCUGUACACUGCAAAUUUGUAACCGUUUAUUUGGAGUCAUGUUUCCUGCCACUUAGUAGAUUUCAGUCCAAUGUUCACUCUCCUUUUGGAUCUUACUUUGGUCUCCAUUAACUCCAGAAAAAAUGUCAGGCUCUUUUAGCUGCUAAAUGUUCCACUUUCUUCACCAGCUAGUCUCUAAUCUGCAUUUUAAUGUAUAUAAAUUAAAUUUCUUUGGCUGGAAAGCUAAAUUGACUUAAACUUAGACUGACAGUAUGCUCACAGUAUGAAUACAUGGUUACCUCACCUAUAUGCUACAAGAUUUAUGGUUUGUGUCAUAAACACAUAAUGAGCUUCUAUAAUACCUCACAUGCCUACAAGUGACGGCGUUCUUCUCAAGCUUCAGUCAAACCUCCAAACCACGUAAACCUCAGUAUGUAAAGCAACUAAUACACACACUUCAUUCCACUACACUUUACCUUCACCUGUGCCCUACAUGCAUUUAUGCACCUGUGUACCUCACUGCUGACUUUCCCUUUUUGUUGACAGUUUGUGGUUUGUUCUGCUAAACGCUUCCUUGUGAAGUGGAUCAAAUGAUGUAAAGAAGAUGCAGUUUUGUAAAACCAAAUUAAAUGUAUUUAAUUUCAA